UCUGAUAACAGUAAGGCUGGGAAACGUGAGUCUCUGAAACACCCUCGAUGCAGUCGGUACAGCGGAGGGCUAGCUAGGGGAGCUCACUUCUGUUUUAAGUGGUAUCGCGAUGUGAUAUACUCAUAGGUUUUAUAUACAGCAAUAUUAAACUCAACAAAGCCUGAGAGAACUGCACUGAUGCGUGCAAAAAAAGACACCGUCAUAGACAAGUGUCCGUAUUUCCUCCUGUAAAGGUAGUUGGUGGCUGCAGGAACAGUAACUCUAAGCGUAAGCUCUAAAGAUCAUGGCGGGAUUAUAACUUUCACUUUAAGGAAUUAUAGUCAUUCGGUGGUCCUUCAAACAAUCAGAGCUUUAAUUGCUCAGCGCAAACAGAAAAGCAAAAAUGUCAAAAAUUGAGAAGAUGAGUGUGAUGGGUAUCCGGAGUUUUGGCCCUGAAGAUGGGGAUCGUCAGGUGAUUCAGUUUUUAACUCCAUUAACUCUCAUUCUGGGUCCAAAUGGAACAGGCAAAACGACAAUAAUAGAGUGCUUGAAAUAUAUCACUACUGGAGACAUGCCACCCAAUACUAAGGGUGGCGCUUUUGUGCAUGAUCCCAAGAUUGCUCAGGAGAUGGUGGUACGUGCACAAGUGAGGCUGCAGCUAAGAGAUGUCACUGGUAAAUUGCUGCAGGUACAGCGAUCUAUGGAAGCCACCCAAAAGGCUAAAAAGAUUGAGAUGCGUACACUGGAUAGUGUGAUAACAAGACUGGCACCAGAUGGACAGAAAGUCAGUGUCAAUAGCAAGUGCCUUGACUUUGACAGAGAGAUGGUAACAGCACUUGGUGUCCCGAAGGCAGUGCUGGACAAUGUCAUCUUUUGCCAUCAAGAGGAUUCCUGUUGGCCUCUGGGCGAAGGAAAAGCCCUUAAGGACAAAUUUGAUGCUAUUUUUGCCUCGACUCGUUACACCAAGGUGCUGGACACUAUACGCAAGCUUAAAUUGGAGCAGGAUGGUGAAAUAAAGCUUUUCAAGGAAGAAAUAAAAUAUUUGAAGCAGAACAAGGACCAAGCUUCUCAGCUGGAGGGUGACCUUGCCGAAUUGCAGGCAAAAUCUGCAGCUUCAGAGGAAUCUGUUAAAAAAGUUAAAGAGCAGCUGCAGCCACUGCAAGAUCGCCUGCUUAAAAUCAAUGAUCAGUAUAGUGAUAUCUACAAAGUGCAGACAAAGAUAGAAAAACUGAAAAGUGAGAAAGGGCAGUUGGAGAAAGCAAUCAAAGAUCUCCAUGAUAAUAUUGAAAAUGAGUUUCAAGGAUCAGUUGAAGAGCUUGAAGAACUUCUAUCUGACUUUGCUAAUAAAGUACAAAAUCAAAAGGAUAUUCUGACUCAGUUUGAGGAUCGACAAGAGAAUGUCACCAAAAACAUGGAGAAACUUAACAAAGAAAAAUCUCUCUUGCUGGUUGAAGUUGGGAAACUGGGGCAGGAAGCAGACACACAUGAUGAUAAUAUUCGCAAAAGAGAUGUUUUGUUGCGGCAGCUUGCAGUUGAGUAUGGCUUUGAAGGUUUUAGUCAAGGUGCCAUCACUGAGGAGCGUUGUCAAUUGUUUUUCAAUGAAAUUCAGCAAAAACUUGAUGAUAUUUCUGCUGAGAUGAAGAAAGUUAAAUCAGAUUUUGAAGCAAAAGAGAAAUCUCUGCAGCAGCAGGCAGAUGAAGUUAGAGAUAAAAAGACUCGACUGGAGCAAAUGCAGCGUCACAAGAGAGAUCAGAUGAACAAAAACAAGAGUGAAAUCCAUCAGAUUAAAGAGAAGCUGAGUCGCAUGGAAGCUUCUGCAGGACGUCGAGAUCAUGUGACACAAGACUUGAAACGUACUGAACAUGAACUUGCAGACGCAGAAAAGGCAAUUAAUUUGGAAGAGCUAAAACGAGAGAUAGCUCAGCUUGAGAGAGAACGACGCCAGCUAGAGGCUCAGAUGAAUGAGCUAAACACGGAGAUGAACAGACUUCACCGUCAGUCAAGUGUAAGAGCACAGCUUGACAUGCUGAAGAAAGAGAAGACAACAAAGGAAGAUGGAAUUCGCAGAAUGAAAGCAAAACAUGAAGAAUCACUUAUUCACCUCUUUGGCGCUGUUCCUGCUACAAACAUUCGAGGACGGGUAGAGGACUAUAUCAGCCAACAGUCAGACUCUACUAAGAAAUGUUCUGCUGAAUUGCAGAAAGCAAAAACACUGCUGUCUCAGAAGGAAACAGAGAGAAAUUUACUCACUGUACAGAUAAAGCAAAAAGAAGAGGAAGCAAAAGAUCUAGAAGACAGAAUAUUUAGUGUAUGUGGCAGCCAGGACUUUGAAGAAGAGUUUCAGACUAUUCAGCAGAAGCUGUCAGAGACUCAGGAUCAACGUGGGUCACUGACUGGUGCUCAACAUUUCUUGAAAAAGUAUGUCAAGGACCUGGAGAAGGAAAAACCAUGCUGCCCUCUAUGUCACCGUGAGUUUGACACUGACCAGGAAGUGAAAGAGCUGGUGCUGGAGGUGAAGAAGAAACUGCGUAUGGUGCCUAGUAAGCUGGAGAAGGCUGAGGAGGAACUGGUUGAACAGCAGAGUCGUUAUGACAGUAUUACCCAGCUGAAACCCAUCAAAGAACGAGUGGCAGCCAUUUGUGAAAAUGAUCUUCCCAACAUGAAGACCAAACUAAAGACAAUUAAUGAGGAGAUACAGCGUGUGAAAGACAUAGUGGAAGAGAAACGUAAUGAGCUAGCAGUAAAGGAGAGGGAUGAGGGAGUGGCCAAGGAAAUACAGCCGGACAUCGUGCUUAUGGAUCGUUCUCAGGGAGAACUACGAGAACUAGAAAAGAGCAUCACAACUCAGUCAGCCUUGCUGACUGGUGGAGAUGCUGAUCGCACUUUAGAAAUGGUUGUUAGAGAGAAAGAAGACGUUCAGCUGAAACUCGACACAGUGACUCGUAAGCUGGACCACUUGCGGCAGAAGCAAACUGUUCACACAGACCAUGUGCAGAGCCUGAGGACCAAGGUUAACCAACUGCAGGCAGAAAAGCUAAGGAUAGAGGCAGAGUUGCAGGAGCGAACGAAACUGGAAGAAAGACAGGCCCAGCUUAUCAGCGACAACCAGGAAUACGAGACAGACAUUGGGAGGGCUAAAGAAGAGCUGCAACCAUUAGAGUCUGAGGUGAGAAGGCUAGGGAAGGAGAAAGAAGAAGAGACAUCAGCAAAAGAAGCUGCUAUGGAGCAAGGCAAAGAUGCUAUGGAGGAAGUAAGAAACAAAGGGAAUGCUGUCAAAAUUAUCAACCAAAGUAUCAAAUCAUACAACUCAUCUGGCAAACUGGAGAAACUUGAGAAAUGCAAGGAACGCCAGAAGCAGAUUGCGGCAUCACAAAGCAAACUGGAGCAAGACCAGGAAGAGGUGACAGCUAACAUCAACAGAUUGCGCAAAGAUCUUGCCACACAGCAGAUCCGUGAGCGAGAACUGGCAGACAACUUACAGUUACGUAGGAUGCAGAAUAAUGUCACAGACCUAGCCAAGCAAAUUGCACACCAUCAGGAAACGCUGGGUGGCCUUGACCCUACCAGCCUAGAAAGAGAACGACAGCAGCUGAGCAAGAAGGAGGAAGAUUUGAAGAGAGAGCUACACAGGGCUUCUGGUCGUCAGCAGGGUUUUAUUGAUGAGAUGAAGAAAACGGAACGAGACUUAAAGUCAGACAUGUUCCGAGAUGCAGACCAAAAAUAUCGUUUCAAGAUGAUUGACUUGAGGACUACAGAACUGGCUAAUGGUGACCUCCAAAAGUACUACAAGGCAAUGGACAGAGCUAUCAUGAACUACCAUGCUCAGAAAAUGGCUGAAAUCAACAAGAUAAUCUUUGAGCUUUGGCACACCUAUCGUGGUCAUGAUAUUGAAACAAUUGAAAUCAGAUCUGAUGAGGAUGAUGCAGGCAUUGUGAAAGCUAGGCGAGUUUACAACUAUCGAGUUGUGAUGCUGAAGGGUGGGACUGCUCUUGAUAUGAGAGGUCGCUGCAGUGCUGGGCAAAAGGUUUUGGCAUCACUGAUCAUCCGAUUGGCCUUAGCAGAAACAUUCUGCAUGAACUGUGGAGUGUUUGCGCUGGAUGAACCCACAACAAACUUGGACAGAGAGAACAUUGAAAGUCUUGCUGGUGCUCUUGUCAGGAUCAUUGAAACACGGAGUCAGCAGCGGAACUUCCAGCUGGUUAUAAUCACUCAUGAUGAGGACUUUGUGGAACAGCUGGGACGUGCAAAUUAUGCGGACCAUUUUAUUAGAGUUUACAAGGAUGACAAAGGCUGUUCACGACUGGAAAGGAAGAAAAUUCAGGAUCUUCAUUCUGCAUGAGAAGAAUGUCUCAGAAAAACUGCAUUACCUUGCUUUUUUAUGAAGUGAAUACCUUGUUUUCAAUAUCCUUAAGUUUAAACUAUAUUUUUAUCUACAAUCGGUUCACAGUGGAAUUAGUUUGUGCUGUUGUAACUAGGAUGAGUUCAUGGAUAUCUUCCUAAUCACCACAAAUUUUCUGUGACCUGGUAAGUACAGUGGCUAGACAGCAGCUAUAUUCAGCAGCAUAUACAGAGGCUACAUUUUAUUGCAUGUUGAAUGUAGUAAGAUUAAAGCUCAGUUGUAAAUUGUCACCAGCUUUAUCAGGAACUAAUAUCCCUGGACUGCUGGCAGAAGAUUUUUUCCAGUUAACUGCUAAAACGAGGCAUGAGACAAGAAAGCUUCCGGUUCCAAGACAAACAACGGAGAACUUUACAAGAGGCAAGAGGCUAAGAGCUGGUCUUGGCAGAUAUACACACCAAUCCACCUAUACACUCCCUUGAGCUUUAUUGAUCACAAGUUGCAACCCUUUCUUUUCCCUUUGACUUGCUAAUCUAUGAAAGAAUGCAGAUCCCUUCUAUGCACAUACACGUCUACUGAAUGUCCUAGAAAUUUGUCAGAACAAGUCAACAUUUUUGGAGGUUUUUUCCACGAACAAUAUUUUCUAUGUGUAUGCAAUUUACUUUGAAAACAAUAAUAGUAGAAUCCACUAUUUCAGUUACUUUGGAUGUUUGAACUUGUUUUUCUCGUUGGUUUCGUUUCUGUACUGAAUGCUGAAAUCCAUUGUUCUUUCAGUUUUUGUUAUAAAAAUGAAAUUUCAUGUUUUUAGUCUCUGAUACCAACUUCCUGUUUGAAAAGGACGUCAUAAAUGUACAAUGUGAACAUAGUUUAAAAUCAAAAAGAAUAACACCAGUUUUGGGGAAAA